AUGAGAUUGUACUUUUUACGGAACGCUUACACUAGAAUGGUUGACGCAUGCGCUUGUCUUAUUUUUGCCUCAUUUCUGGGUCUGUUUGCAUCCGCCCAAGCUCAGGAUAUUCAUACGGGCACACAAACUUUGGUGUCGAACCUUGAUGACGUCAGCAAAAAGUUAGUAGAUGCGGUACGAGCGGUGCGGAGACUGAAGAAAUUCUUAAACGAUGAAGCACCUUCAUGUUUUGUUUCUGCUACGGAUUGUUCCAUGGGUUACAUAGAUCCUAUCGAGGGUUUCAUAGACGUGGUCAGUAACCCUAACAGUCCAGGAAAACGCUCAGUAAGAAGCGUGAAAGAUUUGUCCCCUUUACAGAAAAGAUACGUGGACGAUAUUGUCAAUAAAAGGGAGCUUAUCGGAAGAAUGCAGUCCACUCUCACGGAUAUUCUCAACGCUAUCCAUAAUGAAAGAAAACGAAGCUGCAAGUUGAAUUUGGGGUUCCACUGCCAAACAGAAGAGUAUUCCGCAAUAGCGGAUAUGUACAACUUCCUGCAGAGUGCCAUGAGCCCGGGCAAACGGAAAUAG